AUGGCUUGUGUUCAAGAUCUAACUAGCCAGUACAUUUUUACAGGUAACAAUAUGCCAGGACCAAGUGUUUUUUUAGUGAUGAUUUGGGCAUAUCUUGCUAAUGCCGCUUCUAUUUCAAAAGAACUUGAAAGCCCUAUAUAUAACAAUUCGAAAGCGGAGCAAGGAACAUACUUUGAAGGGGAUAUGAUCCUCACCACUGAUCAAAUGGAUGCUAUUAUGUUUGGCAGUAUUAGACGCAAUGGUAUCAGAGACGUCACUUUCAGGUGGCCUAACGCGACUGUUGUGUAUCAUAUUACAGAAGAUCAUUUCAAUGAGAAACAAGUGAAAAUGAUUGAGGAAGCAAUGAACGAAAUAUCUAGCAUAUCCUGCGUCAAAUUUCGUCCACAACAGAAUAACGAGCACGCUGUAAUCAUUCAGAGAGUAAGGUCAGGCUGCUCUUCGUGCGUGGGCUACAGGGUCAAACCAGUUGAAGGAUGCACAAAGCAGACACUGAAUCUCGGGAACAACUGUUUCCAGCAUGGCAUUAUCAUGCACGAAUUACUGCAUACCAUCGGUUUUUAUCAUAUGCAGAACUCGUAUGAUAGAGAUGACUACGUCAAGAUUUUUCUGGAAAAUGUAGAAAAAAACCAGGAGCAUAAUUUUCUUAAAUAUCCAAAGGAGAUUGUAACGACCUUUGGUGUGCCAUACGAUUAUAAUAGCAUAAUGCACUAUGGAGAAUACUACUUUAGCAAAAAUGGCAAAAGAACAAUAAUUCCUCUUCAGGAAAAUGUUACGAUUGGACAGAGGAUACACUUAUCCAAAGGCGAUAUUAUAAAACUUAACAGAAUGUAUAAUUGUGUAUGGUAUCUAUAAUAUAAUAUAAUAAGUGACAGAAUCAUGAGAGAAAAUAAGGCCAACUAUAUAUAACACGGAACACCUGUGUGUGCGAGUGAAUUCUAAUUUCUAAGCAAUAAAAAUUUUCAUAACAUAAUCUACGUAAUUAGGUACUA